CCUAAAACCGGGCUAUACCAAAUUACCCACAAAUUGAUAUAUAUGCAUACACAUAAACAUAUACAUAUGUAAGUGCAGCAUCAUCAGCAUCUUAAUCAAAUCCAAGCAGCUGCCGUAUCUCAGAGGCGGGUCCAAAGUCACAGAGUCGAUUCCUUCGUCAAUAAGCGGCGCAAUUGACCGCCUGCCAAUAAACAUGGCUGCCAUAUAAGCACACGCGGCGGACGAAACCACACAGAGUCGGAGCUUUGAGUUUAGACAAGCAUAUUUCGGGGAGAUCAAGAAGAGAAACCCCCAGCAGUAAGGAAACCCAUUUUCCGAGAAGGCCAACGACCAAAGCAGAUCGAAGAUGAACAGCCUAGCGCGCGUCUUUAGCAACUUCCGCGACUUCUACAAUGACAUAAACGCGGCCACCCUCACGGGAGCCAUCGAUGUGAUCGUGGUGGAGCAGCGGGACGGCGAGUUCCAGUGCUCGCCCUUUCACGUUCGCUUCGGCAAACUGGGAGUGCUAAGGAGUCGGGAGAAAGUGGUGGACAUUGAGAUAAAUGGCGCCCCCGUGGACAUACAGAUGAAGCUGGGCGACUCCGGCGAGGCCUUCUUCGUGGAGGAGUGCCUAGAGGAUGAGGACGAGGAGCUGCCGGCUAACCUGGCCACCUCGCCCAUCCCUAACAGCUUCCUGCAGUCGCGGGACAAGGCCAAUGACACCAUGGAGGAUAUCAGUGGAGUAGUGGCCGACAAAAACGCUAGCGAGGAGUUGCUCCUGCCCCUGCCAUUGCCGCGACGCAACUCCAUUGACUUAUCCAAGGAGGAGCCCAAGGAAGCGGCCGUCGAGGGCGGCAAGUUCGAGAACCAGGUCUCGGAUUACACGCAGCGCAGGCACACAGACAACACGCUGGAGCGUCGCAAUCUUAGCGACAAGCUCAAGGAGUUCACCACCCAGAAGAUUCGCCAGGAGUGGGCCGAGCAUGAGGAGCUGUUUCAGGGCGAAAAGAAGUCGAUGGAGUCGGAGCUGGAUAACCAAAGCAAAGCUUCUAACGAAGCUGAGACAAAGAAUGAUGUCCAGAAGGUGGACGACAAAGAGAAGGAGCAGCCCAAGCCAGAUUUUAGCCUCACCCCGGUCACGACCAGCGAAGCCACCAGGGAGGUGUCCAAGAGCAAGACCAAGAAGCGACGCAAGAAGUCGCAGAUGAAGAAAAAUGCCCAGCGCAAGACUUCCUCUAGCAGCUCUUUGGGCAGUGCUGGUGGCGGGGACUUAGCUUCGGCGGACACGGCAUCCUUGGGGGUGACCAACAUCGAUGAGGGCGAUGCCCCUAUUUCCAGUGCCACCAACAACAACAAUAACUCCUCGUCAAAUGAUGAGCAACCGUCGGCCCCUCUGGUCACCGCACGCUCUGGCAACGAUAGCCCACUGAGCGAGAUGCCCCUGACUCCCACAACGAAUCCACGUCUGGAUUUGGACAUCCACUUCUUCAGCGAUACGGAGAUCGCCACUCCUGUGGGUGGUGGUGUCGGCUUAUCAGGUCGAUCUGCCGGCGGACGACCUUCUACGCCCAUCCAGAGCGACAGUGAGCUGGAGACUACAAUGCGGGACAAGCGGCAUGUAAUUAAUGACGAGAACGCCGCCUCUUGGAAGUGGGGCGAGCUGCCAACGCCGGAGCAGGCCAAAAACGAGGCCAUGAGCGCCGCCCAGGUGCAGCAGAGCGAACACCAAUCGAUGCUCAGCAACAUGUUCAGCUUUAUGAAGCGAGCCAAUCGACUGCGCAAGGAGAAGGGCGUUGGUGAGGUGGGGGACAUCUACCUUUCCGACCUGGAAGCCGGCAGCAUGGAUCCCGAGAUGGCGGCCCUCUACUUCCCCACGCCCAGGUCCAAGGAGACUUCCUCGCCGCCCGAGGAAGAUGGUGAGAGUGGCAAUGGAACCAGCCUGCCCCACUCGCCCAGCUCGCUGGAGGAGGGUCAGAAGAGUAUUGACUCGGACUUUGACGAAACCAAACAGCAGAGGGACAACAAGUAUUUGGACUUUGUGGCCAUGUCAAUGUGCGGAAUGUCAGAGCAGGGAGCAGCGCCCUCGGACGAGGAGUUCGACCGCCACCUGGUUAACUAUCCAGACGUGUGCAAAAGCCCCAGCAUUUUCUCAUCGCCUAACCUAGUCGUACGGCUGAAUGGCAAAUACUACACCUGGAUGGCUGCAUGUCCCAUUGUCAUGACAAUGAUCACCUUCCAGAAGCCACUAACCCAUGAUGCCAUUGAGCAGCUAAUGUCGCAGUCGGUGGAGGGCAAGUGCCUGUCUGGAGACGAAAAGCAGGAGGCGGCCGCCCAAGCGGACAAUGUGGGUCAGACCAAGCGCUACUGGUGGAGCUGGCGGCGCUCGCAGGACGCUGUGCCCAACCAUGUGAACAACGCUCAUGGAUUGCCAUUGGGCAAAGAUGAAAAGGAUGGCGAUCAGGCAGCGGUGGCCACCCAAACCUCACGGCCCACUUCUCCCGACAUCAGUGAUCCCACGCUCAGCAAGAGCGACUCUUUGGUGAAUGCGGAAAACACCUCGGCCCUGGUGGACAACCUGGAGGAGCUGACCAUGGCCUCUAACAAGAGCGAUGAGCCCAAAGAGCGCUACAAAAAGUCGCUGCGUCUCAGUUCGGCGGCCAUUAAAAAACUUAACCUUAAGGAGGGUAUGAACGAGAUCGAGUUCAGCGUGACCACCGCCUAUCAGGGAACGACGCGCUGCAAGUGCUACUUGUUCCGUUGGAAGCACAACGACAAGGUGGUGAUAUCGGACAUUGACGGCACCAUCACCAAGUCGGACGUGCUGGGCCACAUCUUGCCCAUGGUAGGAAAGGAUUGGGCGCAACUGGGGGUGGCGCAGCUCUUUUCGAAGAUUGAGCAGAACGGAUACAAGCUGCUCUAUCUGUCGGCCCGAGCCAUUGGACAAAGCAGGGUGACACGCGAGUAUCUCCGGUCGAUCCGGCAGGGCAACGUGAUGCUACCGGACGGCCCUCUGCUGCUGAAUCCCACGUCCCUGAUCUCGGCCUUCCACCGCGAAGUGAUCGAGAAGAAGCCGGAGCAGUUCAAGAUCGCCUGUCUGUCGGACAUCCGAGAUCUCUUUCCCGAUAAGGAGCCGUUCUACGCCGGCUACGGCAAUCGCAUCAAUGACGUGUGGGCAUACCGAGCAGUGGGCAUUCCCAUCAUGCGCAUCUUCACCAUCAACACCAAGGGCGAGCUGAAGCACGAGCUGACCCAAACAUUCCAGUCCUCGUACUGCAGCAUGACGUACAUAGUGGAUCAACUGUUCCCGCCGGUGAAACACGACGAAGCCUCCGCCGAGUUCUCCAACUUCAACUACUGGCGCGACCCCAUCCCCGACCUGGAGAUCCCCGAACUUGAGACGGCACUGGUGCCGCCGAGCAGCAAGCUGGACUUGGCCACCCUGCGACCUAUUCCCGAGAAGUGAACUGGUUCCUUAGCACCCGAACUGCGUACUAUAACCAUAUUUAUACGGAUAUGCAACACACUCUAUAUAGCAGAUAGCGCUUUUAAAUUGGUUUGCUUAGCUUCAAAACCUCUAGAUGUGCUUACCAAAUAUGUAAUAUCUAUAACUAUGCAUAAGCUUAGCCAGGAUUCACGAUUGCCUUGGUUUAAUUAUCAUUUACCUUUCGAUCGUUUCUUGUUAAAUGAGUGGACUUAAGUUGUAAUCAAAAUUGAGUUAUUAUUAUUACUAUAGUAAGUUCCUUUGAGACUCCUGCAGGUUCUUAGAAGAUGCAUAUUCCAAACGGCGUAUGGGAGUUGUGAUUUAUGAUUUCAUUAUUUUUUCGUAUGUGAUCAAUUAAAUUUAGUUUAUUGUGAUGAGGUUUUUUCUGGAGUUUUUAUGAAAACUGUGCUUUAGACCUAUGUAUACUUAACUUAUAGUGUUCCAAUACAAAUAAAUGCUUCAAGUUCAAAGAAAGUCGAA